AACUUCCUCAGUUCAUAAUUGACGCUCUCGGUGGAUACCAGGGAAUAGGAAGAAGAAAAUACCUACAACAAGAAGAAGAAGAAAUUAUGGUGUUCUUUUUUUAAAAUCUUCGUUUUUUUUUUUUACAAUUUCUCAUCACAAGUGAAAUUAAAUGAUGGCUAAAAAUUAAGUACACACAUCAAGACUUGGAUUAACUUAAAAAAGAAAGGAAGAAAUAAGAAAUUGAAAAAGAAAGAAAAAAAAUUUUUUUUUUCGAAAAUUGGGUCUGUUUUGGACAAAAUUGUAAACUUCUUCUCAAAUUUCUUUGGUGAUUGGAACAAACUUCACCGGAAAGCUGGUAUGCUUCGGAGUCUUCUCAAUGCUGUUAUCGGUACAUUUUUACCCGCAUGAACAUUUUCAGGCUUUUUUGCUUUUGGUGAAGGUAAUACCAUACAAAAAGACGACGACCAAUCUCAUCAUCAGGACUUAGCCGAUUCUAUUUCAAAGGGCACCGAGGAAGAGAUAAAUAAUAAAUUAGAAGAAGAAGAUAAUCAAAGUUAUUUUAAAGGCAAAAAAAUGACUGAAACAGCAUCAGUGAGUUUUGUUCUUGGUGAUCCAGAUCCCAAGGAGGAACUUGAAAUAGAGGACAGCUUCCCAGAACCUGAAGCCAAUGAUAGGAUUCAACAACCAAUUCUUCCAGGAUUGGUUGAACGACGAAAACGUCUCAGGCCCAGCAUGUCGCAGGGCACGGUGAUGAUUCAAGCACAGAGCCGUCAACUCGAAAAGGAUUUCACCGUCGCUACUCCUGAGGAAUUUGUCCGACGAUUUGGUGGUACAAGAGUCAUCAAUAAAGUACUCAUUGCCAAUAAUGGAAUUGCAGCCGUUAAAUGUAUGCGAUCUGUUCGUCGUUGGUCUUAUGAAAUGUUUAAAAAUGAACGAGCUGUUCGUUUUGUUGUUAUGGUCACACCAGAAGACUUAAAGGCAAAUGCAGAAUAUAUUAAAAUGGCCGAUCAAUAUGUUCCAGUUCCAGGAGGUUCAAAUAAUAAUAAUUAUGCUAAUGUUGAACUAAUCAUUGACAUUGCCAUACGAACUCAGGUACAUGCAGUUUGGGCUGGCUGGGGACAUGCUUCGGAAAAUCCAAAACUCCCCGAAUUACUUCACAAAAAUAACAUCUGCUUUAUUGGUCCUUCGGAAAGAGCCAUGUGGGCACUUGGUGACAAAAUUGCCUCAAGUAUCGUUGCUCAAACAGCCGAUGUACCAACAUUACCUUGGUCAGGAUCAGAAUUAAAAGCCCAAUAUAGUGGGAAAAAAAUUAAAAUAUCCUCUGAACUUUUUAAAAAAGGAUGCGUUUCCACUAUUGAAGAAUGUUUAGCAGCUGCGAAUAAAAUUGGAUUUCCUGUUAUGGUGAAAGCUAGCGAAGGUGGAGGAGGAAAAGGAAUUAGAAAGGUGGAAAAUGCUGAGGAAUUACCAUCGUUAUUUAGACAAGUACAAACUGAAAUUCCCGGAUCUCCUAUAUUUAUAAUGAAAUUGGCAAAAUGUGCCCGACAUUUAGAGGUACAACUUCUUGCCGAUACUUAUGGAAAUGCAAUUUCAUUAUUUGGACGUGAUUGUUCAAUUCAAAGAAGACAUCAAAAAAUUAUUGAAGAAGCGCCCGCUGUCAUUGCAAAACCAGAAAUCUUUGAAGAAAUGGAAAAAGCUGCUGUGAGGCUCGCAAAAAUGGUUGGAUAUGUAAGUGCAGGAACUGUCGAAUAUCUUUACGAUCCAUCAGGUCGAUAUUACUUUUUGGAAUUAAAUCCCCGUCUACAAGUUGAACAUCCAUGUACUGAAAUGGUUUCCGAUGUGAAUUUACCUGCAGCACAAUUACAAAUUGCAAUGGGUCUUCCAUUGCAUCAUAUCAAAGAUAUUAGAUUACUCUACGGUGAAAGUCCCUGGGGUGAUAGUACCAUAGAUUUUGAUCAACCACGACAUAAACCACAACCAUGGGGACAUGUUAUAGCAGCUAGAAUCACGAGUGAAAAUCCCGAUGAAGGUUUCAAACCAAGUUCAGGAACAGUGCAAGAAUUAAAUUUCCGUUCAUCAAAAAAUGUUUGGGGAUAUUUUUCAGUUGGUGCAUCGGGUGGUCUUCACGAAUUUGCAGAUUCACAAUUUGGUCAUUGUUUCUCUUGGGGGGAGGAUCGACAACAAGCUCGAGAAAAUUUAGUAGUAGCUUUAAAAGAAUUGAGUAUUAGAGGUGAUUUUCGAACAACUGUUGAAUAUUUAAUUACACUAUUAGAAACGGAUUGUUUUCAACAAAAUUGUAUAGACACCGCAUGGCUUGAUCUUUUAAUUGCUGAUCGUGUGAGAAGUGAUAAACCGGAUGUUUUGUUAGCCGUCACUUGUGGAGCACUUCAUAUUGCCGAUAGAACGAUAACGGCAGCAUUUUCUGGUUUUCAAACAGCACUUGAGAAAGGACAAAUUCAAGCUGGUAAUGAUUUGAAUAAUGUUGUCGAUGUGGAAUUAAUAAACGAUGGUUAUAAAUAUAAAGUACAGGCAACAAAAUCAGGACCAAAUACAUAUUUUCUUGUGAUGAACAAUUCUUAUAAGGAAGUUGAUUUACAUCGAUUAUCGGAUGGUGGAUUACUUCUUUCACUUGAUGGUGCUAGUUUUACAACUUACAUGAGAGAGGAAGUUGAUCGCUAUCGUAUUGUAAUUGGCAAUCAAACUUGUGUUUUUGAGAAGGAUAAUGAUCCCUCAUUACUUAGAUCACCAUCGGCGGGAAAAUUGAUAAAUUUCCUCGUUGAAGAUGGAGGACAUGUUGAUGCUGGUCAAGCAUAUGCAGAAAUUGAAGUAAUGAAAAUGGUCAUGACUGUAACGGCCGGUGAAGCUGGAAGUGUCUUCUAUGUGAAACGUCCUGGCGCAGUUCUGGAAGCGGGAACAUUAAUUGCUCAAUUGGAACUCGAUGAUCCUUCACUUGUGACAAAAGCACUGGAAUAUUCUGGCCAAUUUCCAGCACCUGUAACACCGGCAGUACCUGAGAAAUUAAAUCACCUUCACGCAAAAUACAGAGCGGCUUUAGAAAAUACUCUCGCUGGUUAUUGUCUACCUGAUCCUUAUCAUCUUCCUCGUUUACGAGAACUUAUUGAAAAAUUCAUGAACUCAUUGCGUGAUCCUAGUUUACCACUUUUGGAAUUACAGGAAGUUAUUGCUACAAUUUCGGGACGUAUUCCAAUUUCAGUUGAAAAGAAAAUUCGUAAAUUAAUGACACUUUACGAGAGGAAUAUCACUUCUGUGUUGGCACAAUUUCCCAGUCAACAAAUAGCGGCAGUUAUUGAUGGACACGCGGCAACACUUUCGAAACGUGCCGACAGGGAUGUUUUCUUUUUGACAACGCAAACAAUUGUACAAUUGGUUCAACGAUAUCGUAAUGGAACAAGAGGUCGUAUGAAGACAGCAGUUCACGAACUUUUAAAACAGUAUUACAAUGUUGAGAGUCAAUUUCAACAGGGACACUAUGAUAAAUGUGUAUCGGCUUUAAUUGGCCAGUUUAAAGAUGACAAGACAAUGGUUACGUCAACAAUAUUCAGUCAUAGUCAAGUGACAAAAAAAAAUGUUCUUGUUACAAUGUUGAUUGAUCAUUUAUGGACAAAUGAACCGGGACUUACGGAUGAAUUGGCAAGUACUUUAACUGAAUUAACAAGUCUCAAUAGAACGGAACAUAGUCGUGUUGCAUUAAGAGCGAGACAAGUUUUAAUAGCAGCUCAUCAACCUGCCUAUGAAUUGAGACAUAAUCAAAUGGAAUCAAUUUUUCUCUCAGCUGUCGAUAUGUAUGGACAUGAUUUUCAUCCAGAAAAUUUACAAAAACUUAUACUCUCUGAGACAUGUAUUUUUGAUAUUUUACACGAUUUCUUCUAUCAUUCAAAUCAAGUUGUUUGUAAUGCUGCUCUAGAGGUUUAUGUACGUAGAGCAUACAUCAGUUAUGAAUUAACAUGUCUUCAACAUUUGGAAUUAUCGGGUGAAAUUCCCCUUGUACAUUUUCAAUUUAUGCUACCAAAUAAUCAUCCAAAUAGACAAAAUCAAUCGUUGGUGAAUCAUAGAACGGGUGCAAUGGCUGCAUUUCAGGAUUUAGAACAAUUUAAUCAGUAUUCAGAUGAAGUGUUGGAUCUUUUGGAAGAUCUAUCGUCGCCAAAUUCAGUUUCUGCUAAGGUUUUAGAAGCUGUUGAAGCCGUUGGAAGUGAAUCGAGACACAGUACAUCGAUUAAUGUUUCACUAAGUACAACUGUUGAGGGAAAUGCUCAAAAUGAUGUUGGUGAUGAUCCAGCUGAACCAUUUCAUAUUUUAAGUAUUGCCGUUAUUGAUAAAGGAAAUCAGGAUGAUGCAACAAUGGCAAGAGUUUUUGGUGAUUGGUGUGCAUUAAAUAAAGAUGAACUUGUUGCAAGAGGUGUAAGACGUGUGACAUUUUUGGCUUUGAAAAAAAGACAAUUUCCCAAAUUAUUUACAUUUAGACAAAGAGAUGGCUUUAUUGAGGAUCGUGUUUAUCGACAUUUAGAACCGGGAUGUGCUUUUCAUAUUGAAUUAAAUCGAAUGAGAACUUAUGAUCUCGAGGCAUUGCCAACGUCAAAUCAAAAAAUGCAUUUAUAUCUUGGUCAGGCAAAAGUUGCUAAAGGUCAACAAGUCACGGAUUAUCGAUUUUUCAUAAGAUCAAUUAUUAGACAUUCUGAUUUAAUAACAAAAGAAGCGAGUUUUGAUUAUUUACACAAUGAAGGCGAGAGAGUUUUACUUGAAGCAAUGGAUGAAUUGGAAGUUGCUUUUUCACAUCCUCUUGCUAAACGAACGGAUUGUAAUCAUAUUUUUUUGAAUUUUGUUCCAACUGUUAUUAUGGAUCCGGCAAGAAUUGAAGAAAGUGUCACGAGUAUGGUUUUACGUUAUGGACAAAGAUUGUGGAAAUUGAGAGUGAGACAGGCGGAAAUAAAAAUGACAAUACGUCCAGCACCUGGUAAACCAACGUCAAAUGUGAGACUUUGUAUUUCUAAUGACAGUGGUUAUAGUAUUGAUCUUCAUCUUUACACCGAGGCAAUUGAUUCAAAAACGGGAAUUAUUCGAUUUGAAUCGUAUACAGGUUCGGCGAAUAAUUCAAAUAGACCAGGACCAAUGCAUGGUUUACCAAUAUCGACACCAUAUUUAACGAAAGAUUAUCUUCAAGCUAAACGAUUUCAAGCACAAAGUUCUGGUACCACGUAUGUUUAUGAUUUGCCCGAUAUGUUUAGACAGCAAGUUGAAAAAGCGUGGAAAGAUUUUAUUGAUGAGCGACCGAAUGAUGUGAUAACAAUUCCAAAUCCUCUUAUUGAAAUCGUCGAAUUGGUAUUGGAUGGAGAUAAUCUUGUAGAACUAAAACGUUUACCUGGUGAAAAUAAUGUGGGUAUGGUUGCUUGGAGAUUAACUCUUUAUACUCCUGAAUGUUCAACUGGUCGAGAUAUUAUUUUAAUUGCCAAUGAUCUAACUCAUCUAAUUGGUUCUUUUGGAAUACCGGAAGAUAUACUUUUCUUUAAGGCUUCGGAAAGAGCAAGACAACUUGGAAUUCCACGAAUUUAUUUCUCUGCAAAUUCUGGUGCACGAAUUGCUCUCGCCGAAGAGGUAAAAGCCCUCUUUAGAAUUGCUUGGGAAGAUGAAAAUGAACCUGAAAAAGGAUUUAAAUACAUUUAUUUGACUCCUGAUGAUUAUGCACGAUUAUCGCCGUUAAAUUCUGUGAAAGCAUCGCUAAUUGAAGACGGUGGUGAAUCUCGUUAUCGAAUUACGGAUAUUAUUGGAAAGGACGAUGGUCUUGGUGUUGAAAAUCUCAAAUACGCUGGAUUAAUUGCUGGCGAAACAUCAAAAGCCUACGAAGAGGUGGUGACAAUUUCUGUCGUUUCUUGUCGUGCCAUUGGAAUUGGUUCCUAUCUUGUUCGUCUCGGUCAAAGAGUCAUACAAAUAGAAAAUUCACAUAUUAUUUUAACUGGUUAUAGAGCUUUAAAUACAGUUUUAGGUCGUGAAGUUUAUGCAAGUAACAAUCAAUUGGGUGGUAUUCAAAUAAUGCAUAAUAAUGGUAUUUCACAUGCAAUUGAACCACGUGAUUUAGAUGGUGUUGAAACAGUGUUGAGAUGGUUGAGCUAUAUACCAAAAGCAAAAGGUUUACCAUUGCCAAUUGUCGAAUCUCUUGAUCCAAUUGAUAGGGAUAUUGGUUUUGUACCAACUAAAGCGCCUUAUGAUCCAAGAUGGAUGUUGGAAGGUAAAUUAAUUGAUAAUAAUACAUGGGAAAGUGGAUUUUUUGAUCGUGGCUCGUGGCAAGAAAUAAUGAAACCAUGGGCACAAACUGUUGUUACGGGACGUGCAAGACUUGGUGGUAUUCCAUGUGGAAUUAUUGCCGUUGAAACAAGAACUGUUGAAUUACAUUUACCGGCUGAUCCGGCUAAUUUGGAUUCAGAGGCAAAGACCGUUUCACAAGCGGGACAAGUUUGGUUUCCCGAUAGUGCGUACAAAACAGCACAAGCGAUCAAAGACUUUAAUAAAGAGGAGCUACCAUUAUUUAUCUUUGCCAAUUGGAGAGGAUUCUCUGGUGGCAUGAAAGAUAUGUAUGAACAAAUUAUGAAAUUUGGUGCUUAUAUUGUGGAUGGUUUGAGGGAAUAUACGCGACCAAUUGUCGUUUAUAUUCCACCGUAUGGAGAAUUGAGAGGUGGAGCAUGGGCCGUUGUUGAUCCGAUGAUAAAUCCACGACAUAUGGAAAUGUUUGCGGACAAUACAAGCAGAGGUGGAGUUUUGGAACCGGAAGGAAUAGUAGAGAUCAAAUUUAGAAAUAAGGAUAUUGUUAAAACUAUGCACAGAAACGAUUCAGUUAUUCAUAAUCUCAAGGAAAAAUUGGCAACAAGUACAGCGGAAGAGAAACCAAUUAUUGAAAGGGAAAUUCAUGAUCGAGAAUGUCAUUUAGAAUCAAUGUAUCAUCAGGUAGCUGUUCAUUUUGCCGAUCUUCAUGAUACACCAGAGAGAAUGUUGGAAAAAAAUACAAUUCAAGAGAUAGUUUCUUGGCGUAGUGCUCGAAGAAUUUUAUAUUGGCGAUUGAGACGACGAUUAUUGGAGGAUAGAAUUCGUUCGGAAAUUAUAUCCACACAACCGGGAUUAGAUGUGAGACAAGUUGAUGCAAUGUUGAGACGUUGGUUCGUUGAAGAUAAAGGUGCAACGGAAUCAUAUUUAUGGGAUCAAGAUGAAGUUGUUGCCGCAUGGUUGGAAGCACAAUGUGAAAAUGAAAAUAGCGUUGUUAUGAGAAAUGUUUCUUGUGUGAAAAAUGAUUCAGUAAUCACACGAGUUAAAGAAGCACUUGAAUUAUGUCCUGAAGUAAGAUUUGAUGCUGUGUUAGAAAUUGUCAAUCGAUUACAGCCUACAGAACUCGCUGAAUUACAGAGAACAUUAGCUCAAUUGGAAUCCACGAGUCAAGAAAAUCACAAUGAUUCUAGUGCCUCGUCGUAGUUAAAUGUCUAAUUAGAAGUUCAAUUUAAAAAAAAAAAGCCCAUUAUUCAUCUGUAUACCUGGUGUAUGCAGCUCUGUUAGAAACAAUUCACUGUACAGGUCUUUAUGUAAGAGAGAAACGUCUAAAAUAACUAGGUAAGUUGUUUAUUACGACUUGUGGUUGUUUGUCCUUUUUUGUACUAUUACUAUUGCUCAUAAGCAGCAUUUUUGAGAGACAAUUCAUCGUAAAUUCCAAAAAAAAAAAAGCUGCUGAAAAAAAAUCUUUUAACACAUGAUGUUUUAUACACGUCUUAGUUUUUCAAAUGUAACAAAUGUAAUUGAGAAUAUAAAGAGAUUACAUAUUUAUUUUUA